UCCGCGCCGCUCUCUAUGGCGCCUUCCGGCCCAGACCGGAAGUUUCACCGCUUGCCCCGGAAGCGCACCGGCAGGGGCUGCGGGAGCGGCGGCGCGAUGGCGGCGGCUGCUGCGGUGUCAGAGGCCUGGCCAGAGCUGGACCUGGCGGAGCGGGAGCGACGGCGGGAGCUGCUGCUGACGGGGCCCGGACUGGAGGAACGAGUGCGCGCGGCGGGCGGGCGGCUGCCUCCGCGGCUCUUCACCCUACCGCUGCUGCAUUACCUGGAGGUGAGCGGCUGCGGGAGCCUGCGCGAGCCGGGCCCAGGCCUGGCGCAAGGCCUCCCGCAGCUGCACAGCCUCGUGCUGCGGCGCAACGCGCUGGGGCCCGGCCUGAGUCCAGAGCUCGGCCCGCUGCCCGCGCUGCGUGUGCUCGACCUUUCCGGCAACGCGCUGGAAGCUCUGCCACCGGGCCAGGGCCUAGGCCCCGCCGAGCCGCCGGGCCUCCCGCAGCUGCAGAGCCUCAACCUUAGUGGCAACCGGCUGCGCGAGCUGCCGGCCGACCUGGCGCGGUGCGCGCCGCGCCUGCAGACCCUCAACCUCACCGGCAACCGCCUGGACGCCUUCCCCGCCGCGCUCUUCCUCCCCGGCGCGCUGCCGCUGCUCAGCGAACUGGCGGCGGCUGACAACUGCCUCCGGGAGCUCAGCCCUGACAUCGCCCACCUGGCGUCGCUCAAGACGCUGGACCUGUCCAACAACCAGCUGAGCGAGAUCCCGGCAGAGCUGGCUGACUGCCCAAAGCUCAAGGACAUCAACUUCAGGGGGAACAGGCUGCGAGACAAGCGCCUGGAGAAGAUGGUCAGCGGCUGCCAGACCAGGUCCAUCCUGGAGUACCUGCGUGCUGGGGGCCGGGGCCGGGGCCGAGGCAAGGCCGAGGGCCCCGACAAGGAGGAGGGCCGGCGGAAGAGGCGGGAGCGGAAGAAGAGGGAGAGCGGCGAAGGCGCAGACGCUGUAGUGGACGAGGCCAGCCGGCUGCUGCUCCGGGUCCUACACGUCUCGGAGAACCCCACCCUGCUGACCGUCCGGGCAAGCCCCGAGGUCAGGGAUGUGCGGCCAUUCUUCGUGGGUGCCAUCGUGCGAGGCAUGAAUCUGCGGCCCGGGAAUGUGCUCAAGCGGUUUCUGUCCUGCCAGACGAGGCUGCACGAGGACCUCUGUGAGAAGAGGACGCUGGCCACCAUCGCAACCCACGACCUCGGAGCUGUCCGGGGGCCUCUGCUCUACGCCGCCCGCCCGCCACAGGACUUCAAGAUCAUCCCCCUGGGGCGCCGGGAGGUCAAGGCCAAGGACCUGGUGCGACAGCUGCAGCUGGAGGCCGAGGAGCACAGGAAGCAGAAGAAGCGGCAGAACGUGUCAGGCCUGCACAGGUACCUGCACUUGCUGGACGGGAAGGAGCACUACCCCUGCCUCGUGGAUGCAGACGGCGAUGUGAUCUCCUUCCCACCGAUCACGAACAGCGAGAAGACCAAGAUUAAGAAAACCACAAGUGAUCUGUUUCUGGAAGUGACGAGCGCCGCCAGCCUGCAGAUUUGCAAGGAUAUUAUGGACGCGCUCAUCCUGAAAAUGGCAGAAAUCAACAAGUACACUCUGGAAAACAGAGAAGAAGGCUCCCUCUCGGACCCCGAGUCUGACGCCGUCUGUGGACACGGCUCGGACCCCAAGGCGACUCCAGGUGCCGAAGCGACAGGGAGCACCCCGCUGGUGGUGGAGCAGGUCCGGGUGGUGGACGAGGAGGGGCACCUGAAGGUGGUGUACCCAUCCAAGACGGACUUGGACUUCGCUGCUGCCCAUGUGACCGUGCUGCGCUGAUGGCCAGGCUGCCACCUGAGGCUCCCAGGUUGCGCCAUCCACCGCGCCAGCUCCUCUGGGCUUCCGUGGGGUGGUAUUAAACAAUUCUUCACCUCGGUGUUCUUAGGAUAUAUGCACCCUCUGUUUAGUUCUCCAUCUGGCCUGCCGUCGGGGGAGGCCACAGUGUCCGCCUUCACAGCCGGAGUGACUGCCAGCGCUCUUUAUGAAGUCACUCAAAUGUUGGAAUUAACUGCUCACAGGGUUCUGCAAUCAUGUAGACACACAGCGAAUCACUGUAUUCAGGGGGAAAAGGACACCAUAAUUGGUGUGAAUGUUCAGCUCUAGGUUGAGAAGCUGAACCCUGUGUGUGUUACUGAGCUGCACAGUUAUUUUUCUACGAUUCAGGGUCUUUUAAAGUCCUCUGGCGCCAGCACUGCAGCUUAGAGACAAGGGGCAACGUCAGGGUCUCCAGGUGCCGUAAACCGUCAUCUUUUUAUAAAAACUUUUUUUUAAUGUGA